AUGUCUUCGCAACGAAACCAAACAACUGCUGGAGGCAGGACCUCCGUCCACCACAACACGACGCUGAUCCUAGGAACAACCACCACCAUCACCAACUCCGCCACAGGCACUUCGACCGCUCAGCAGAAUGUCAUGAAUAACAUCUAUCCCACCCAGUCUCAGGGCACAUCCACCCAACAUGCUCAACCAGCGGCGCAAUACCACUGCCGCGCCACACAAGUCUACCCCAAAUUCGGCCUCCUUCUCCCUGGCGAGCCUUGCGCGAUCGAUGUUGAAUUUCAAACCUACAAGCACGAAGAUUGGCCAACCUGGCGUCACCGGAUCGGCCGCAUUACCAUCGUGAACAGUGCGCUCGAACCCGCGCUCGACGUCUACGCAUUCUAUCCACGUCAAGACAAGGUCAAAAAGAAUGUCCCUCCAGAGAGGUUCGGCAUCAUUGUGGAAGACUUGCUGCUAUGCAACGGUGCGCAGGCUGCCGCAAAGGUUGAGCGCUGGACCAAGGAACUCAUCCGCGACCGGACCGUCAUCGUCCACGGUGGCAAGCAUGACCUCAGUGCGUUCAUAUUCGAACCCGACGUCUUUGCCAAAAGCACUAUCGUCGACACUCAGGUGAUCUACGGUCAUCUCCAGACUCGCGACUACACUCCGGGUCUCCGCACCACCGCUGAGAGGAUUCUGGGCGUCUCCGUGCAGCAGAUGGGACAUCACACGUCGAUCGAGGAUGCGCAGACCACGAUGAAGUUGUACGAUCGUGAGGCUGAGAAGGCCAGGAUCGAGGCGGAGCGUGCGGCUGGGGCUGAGGCGGAACGGGUAGCUAGGGCAGCAGAGCAGGUACGCAGAUGGGGUCAGCAGGCCGGGCGUGGUCGUGGACCUGGAGGGCAGGAGUACCAGGGUCAGUGGCGAGUUGGUCAGAGCAGGGCCGGGAAUGGCGGUCAUGGCUAUGCGAAUUAG